GGGGCUGGACCUGUGGAUGUGACUGUGUGAGAGCGGGGCACACACUCACACACACACAGAGGCGCAGGGACUGAGCGCUAUUGUCUGUAACCCGGGAGGGCGGCUGGUGCUCGGCACAGCGAGGGGGCACACGGGGACUGGGCCGGCGGACAAACAAGGACUGGGCGUUGCAUUAAGAUGCACUGAGACUGCAGAGGAGGACCUCUGACUGCUCCUUUCUCUCUCUCCCCUCCUCCCCCCCCCCCUCCCUCCCUCCCUCUCCCCGGCCGGGAGCGCAGAUUUACCCCCCUCCCCUCUCCCCCUGUCUGUUUCCCUCUCGCCACUUCCAUCACCGCCAGCAGCAGCAGCAGCAGCCGGGAAGAUGAUGGAGCUGGAUGACGGGGUGGUUUACCAGGAUGACUGCUCGGUGUCGGUCAUGUCCGAGCGGGUGUCGGGCCUGGCCAACAGCAUCUACCGCGAGUUCGAGCGCCUGAUCCACAAGUACGACGAGGAGGUGGUGAAGGAGCUGAUGCCGCUGGUCGUCAAUGUGCUGGAGAACCUCGACUCUGUCUUCACCGAAAACCAGGAGCACGAAGUGGAACUGGAACUGAUCCGGGAGGACAACGAGCAGCUACUCACCCAGUACGAGAGGGAGAAGUCGCUCAGGAAACAAGCUGAGGAGAAAUUUAUCGAGUUUGAAGAUGCGCUGGAACAGGAGAAGAAGGACCUUCAGACACACGUGGAAUCUCUGGAGCUGCAGAGCAGACAGCUGGAGCUCAAGUCCAAGAACUACGCCGACCAGCUUACCAGACUGGAAGAGCGGGAGGCAGAGAUGAAAAAGGAAUACAAUGCCUUACAUCUGAGACACACUGAGAUGAUCCAAACUUAUGUGGAACAUAUAGAACGGUCCAAACUGCACCAAGUAGACGGAACAAUGACUGGCAGGAACAAUCAUCGCCAACCAUGGAGAAAAAGUAGGAAGGAACGGCCAAACACCCUGGGCCUCUUCCCAGUGUUGGAUGGGAACCUCCGCGGGCAGCAAGGUGGCCGUGUUACUCCUGGUUCUGACAACUGGCAUCUGAGUGACCUGAGUCAGCCUCCAUCGAAUUGUAGCCUGAAGGAUGAUACAUCGGAAUCUGGGCAGUCGUCAGCUGCUGCCACGCCGAGUACCGCAGGAACUAAAUCUAACACUCCAACGUCAUCCGCGCCAUCUGCAGCCGUCACUCCACUCAAUGAAGUAGUUAAUCCAAUCUACAACGGGGACACCAAGGUCAAGAACCAGCGAAAGCGGGCGAAAGGUAAUAGCAGAAACAUGGAGGUCCAGGUCACCCAGGAGAUGAGGAACGUCAGCAUAGGGAUGGGAAGUAGUGACGAGUGGUCUGAUGUUCAGGAGAUUAUCGAUUCAACCCCAGAGCUUGAUAUGUGUCAAGAUCCACGCUUUGAAGGACGGGGAGGCAACAGCCCCACACAAGGAAUUGUAAAUAAGGCAUUUGGGAUAAACACGGAUUCGCUGUACCAUGAGCUUUCCACUGCGGGGUCGGAGGUGAUCGGAGAUGUUGACGAGGGGGCAGAUCUGCUUGGAGAGUUCUCAGUGCGCGAUGAUUUCUUCGGAAUGGGAAAGGAAGUUGAAAAUCUCAUCAUGGAGAACACUCAGCUCUUGGAAACCAAGAAUGCCCUGAAUAUUGUGAAGGAUGAUCUGAUUGCAAAGGUGGACGAGUUAUCAAGUGAACAGGAGGUGCUGAAAGGGGAACUCGAGACCGUCAAACAAGCCAAGGCCAAGGUUGAGAACCGGAUGAAGGAACUGGAGGAAGAGCUGAAACGGGUGAAAUCGGAAGCUAUUGUUGCCAUGAAUAAUAAGGAGGGCAAAGAAGAGCUGGAGGAAGCGAGCGACGAUGUACAGGUGGCACAGAGGCGUCGCUUCACCCGCGUGGAGAUGGCACGGGUGCUCAUGGAACGCAACCAAUACAAGGAGAGGCUGAUGGAGCUGCAGGAGGCUGUCAGGUGGAUUGAAAUGAUCAGAGCAUCUCGAGAGUAUCCGACAAUCCAGGAGAAGAAAAAGUCAGGAAUCUGGCAAUUCUUCAGCCGCCUCUUCAGCUCCUCCUCUACUGCUCAGCCAGCUAAGAGACCACCCGUCCUUCACUACGCUGCUCCUAACACCUAUGGUUCCUCUGGUUUCACCAAGGGCCGACGCCACACCAUGUCCCAACUAUCGACCACAGACAGAUCUCAUGUCAUGGAUUUCCUGCCUGAGGUACAGAAAGUGCCUAUGGAGGAGAAGAAGCCAGACACAGAUAAUGAACAAGUCGACUGCACGUCAAGUGCUCGGCGGGAGUUGAAACGCGAGCAGUACCGACAGGUGAGGGACCACGUCAGGAAUGAUGAUGGCCGACUCCAGGCUUGUGGCUGGAGCCUCCCAGCAAAAUACAAACAGUUGAGUCCUAAUGGCAGCCAGGAGGACAAUCGCAUGAAGAAUGUCCCUAUCCCCGUCUACUGUCGUCCAUUGGUUGCAAAAGACCCAACCAUGAAGCUUUGGUGUGCAGCUGGUGUGGACCUGACUGGUUGGAAGCUACACCGCAUGGAUAACGGCAACGCACUGGGCCGCUCGCGCAGCUGCGAUCCCCUGACCUCCGACGCUGAGAAAGAUGUGAAGAACAGCAGCAGCCAUAGCUCCCCCGACAAAAACAAGAAGGUCCACAGUGCAGAGGAUGUCUCCAGCCGUGUGUGGAUCUGCACUAGCACCCACUCCACCAGUAAAAUUGUGAUCAUUGAUGCCAAUCAACCUGGCACCAUUAUGGACCAGUUUAUAGUGUGCAACGCCCAUGUUCUGUGCAUUACCAGCAUCCCAGCUGCCAGUGAGAGUGACUAUCCUGCAGGGGAGAUAUUUUUGGAAGGGGACUUGAAUCCAGAUGACUCCAGCGGAGCAGAAGGAGUAUUGGCAGGAAUUACCUUGGUCGGAUGCGCAACCAGGUGCAACGUUCCCCGGAGCACCAGCACAUCUAGAGGUGACACCCCAACAUCUGACAAAGGACACAGCGAAAUGGCUCCCCUUAAAGGUGGGAAGGUUAACCAACCGCAGUCAGCUGAAGAAGCAACUGAAGCAACAGAGGCAACAGGGAACGGAGUCACUGAUGCAGAACCAGCAUUAGCGCGGCCCAGUGCCUACACAGAACACGUGUUUACAGACUCCGCACGGACAGACGACCGAACUCAGCUCAGGGAAAACGGCCAACCCAAGGAGGAACAGAACACAGGUCAGCCAGAAGUGGAAGCCAAUGUUCGCACCAAUGGAUCGAUCACAAGUGCAGCCCCUACCAUGUGGCUGGGGGCACAGAAUGGCUGCCUUUAUGUGCAUUCUGCGGUAUCCAAUUGGAAGAAGUGUCUUCACACCAUCAAACUGAAGGAUGCAGUCCUCAGCAUUGUACAUGUGAAAGGGCGUGCUCUGGUGGCUCUGAAUGACGGAACAUUAGCUAUAUUUCACAGAGCUGAAGAUGGUCAGUGGGAUCUGAGCAAUUACCACCUUAUGGACCUGCGACGUCCAAACCAUUCCAUUCGUUGCAUGGCCGUGGUGCAUGAUAAAGUCUGGUGCGGCUACAAGAACAAGAUCCAUGUCAUUCAGCCUAAAACAAUGCAGAUUGAGAAGUCUUUUGAUGCCCAUCCACGAAGGGAAAGCCAGGUGCGCCAGUUGGCAUGGAUCGGAGAUGGGGUCUGGAUAUCAAUUCGCCUGGAUUCCACUUUGCGCCUCUAUCAUGCACACACACAUCAGCAUUUACAGGAUGUUGACAUUGAACCUUAUGUCAGUAAGAUGUUAGGAACCGGGAAAUUGGGAUUCUCCUUUGUGCGGAUCACAGCUUUGCUUAUUGGUGGAAACCGGCUUUGGGUAGGAACUGGAAAUGGAGUCGUCAUCUCUAUCCCAUUGACUGAAACUGUAGUUUUACACCGAGGCCAACUGUUGGGGUUCAGGGCCAAUAAGACAUCACCGACCGCCAGUGAAGGAGCCCGCCCUGGUGGAGUGAUUCGGGUUUACGCGGAUGAAAGCAGUGACAAGGCCUCGAUUGGUAGCUUCAUCCCAUAUUGUUCCAUGGCUCAAGCCCAGCUCUGUUUCCAUGGCCACAGAGAUGCUGUCAAAUUCUUUGCAUCUGUGCCAGGUAAUGUCCUUGCAACGUUGAAUGGCAGCGUGUUGGACAGCCCUACAGAGAAUCCAGGACCCACUGCACCUGAGCAGGAAGAGAGGAAACUGCAGCCUGUUUUGGUUCUCAGCGGAGGAGAAGGCUACAUUGACUUUAGGAUUGGUGAUGGUGAAGAUGAUGAGACCGAUGAAAAUCAGUCAGAUGGAAUCAGACCAGCCCUCACUAAAGCAGAAAGAAGUCACAUCAUUGUCUGGCAGGUGUCCUAUGUUCCUGAAUAGUAUGCCACUACCACAAAACUACUCCCAGAUACCCGCAGAUCAUCUGUAUGUAUAUAUAAGAUUCCCUGCAUUGUACUUGUCCAUAAAGAAAGUCGCUGAAAAUCUAGAAUUUCUGUAGCAUUUCCAUAUCUCCACUUUGGAACUGUUCAUUUGUUGAAAUUUGCAACAAUCCAACACAUUUUGGAUUCAAUUAAAAAAUGGAAUGUUAAAACAAUUAAAAAUAGUUAACGCUGGCUUUUCCGAGACUGAAAUCUUAUUCACUUUAACAAAAUUUGUCGCUGUUUAAAGCACUUACCUCUGUAAUUAGCCUGUCCUUAAAAUAUGAAACUAAGAAUGCUAGCAUAAUGCAUGUCAGAUAUUGAAAUAAUGUCAACUUUCCUGUCUGUUCAUUUAUGCAUCCCUUAAAGGUUGAUUUGUGUGUAUAAAUAGCAUUUACUUUUAUUUUGUAUUGCUUUGUCACCCAAAAUGUUUAAUGAAAAAUCAUUGAUAAUAAUGUUCACAUUUAAAACAAAUCUGUAACAUUACUCUUUCUCAUGAAGUCCUGCUUCUGUGACAGAUCCCAAAUAACAGGUAGUGCAACAGGGCUAGAAAGGAGGAUAGGAGAUUUCAGAAACCAAUAUUACGGAUACAUUCAAUAAAGUGCAAAUAUAGACACUGAGAAUAGAUGUUCCGUUUGUUGAAGGAUGCCACAUGUUUAGUGACACAGGAAAGUUUAACUAUUUUUAUUCGGAAACCUUCAACCACCAAUUUUUACCUAUCCAUUCAUUCAUUCAUUAUUAUAAGCAGCUCUGGAAAGAUUAGUAUUUCUUUAGGGAGAAAAGUGCAUUCACUUUUAAAAAGGGUUUCUGUAUAUGCUCAGUGGAGUAAAUUCUCACCGGACUUCAUUGUAGCUGUCAGCGUUCUAGUUGGCAAAGGAAGGAUUUGGUAAAACCUGCUAGCUCUCAGUUUAAGGUGUAACAAUAUCUGAAAAUGGAUAGAAAAAUAUGGAAUUUCAACUGGAUGCAUUCUUAUUCAUUUCUGGAUGCCUUUGAUUUGUGCAAAAAAUUCUGGAGAUGCCAUUAAUUUUAUAAAUGCUUAUCUCCUUCAAGUAACUUUUGAUCAGUGAAUUUCCUUUCCUUUCUCUAAGUGACUAUAUUUCUGACGGGAUAAAUAGGAGGGUUAACAGGAAUGAAAUAAAAUCAAGAUCAUUGAUAGUAUCGUUUUCUGGAAGGGUUCCUAUUCUGAACUGCUUGAAGAUAGUUGGAAACUUGUGUUCCAAGAUUAUAGCAAAUGAAUUGAGUUGACCAGGACCUGAGCCCUCUGGAAGUACAUUCAUUGACUUAGGAACAUAGGAAGAUAUUUCAGUAUUCAUCAUCCAUUUUCACCAUUUACCAAACUACACAGUGAAUCUUCAUGAAUGUCCAGUAUUAAACCAUUAAGAUACUAUUUGCUUUGAAGCUAUUUGGUGUGCUCUCAAGACAAAGCAGAGCACAUCCAAAAGUGCUUUUGGUCAGGGAUUUCUACCAAUGCCAAAAGUUGCAUCCUGUAGCUUAUGCUAACUUAAUUAAAAUGUCCUGGGAUAUAUACAGUGCAGUCCUUAUUAAGAUUUUGUGGUGUUUGUCUACUCCAGUAUAAUGUAAAACUAAUUUUGAUUUAGAAAGGCUGGUAACUUCAUUAUAGGGUUUGGUCACCUUCCUCAGAUUCAAAUUUAAGAUUUAAAAAGAGCAUGUGAAAGUGCGAAUUGUGAGUAAUUUGUCAAAAAGGAGCACUUGGAAGCAAGUGUCAUUUCGUAGUCCCUUUUAUUUUACAAUCUUAAAUAUUGUUAGAUUGUGUGCAAUUUUUUGGAAAUGUGGAAAGGGAGAGAAUGUCAAAGAGCCAACCAGACCACUGCUAACCAAAGCACUGAUUGCAGUUGCAAUGUAGAAUGUGCGUUUACCUCUAGGGUGAAGGACUGCAGGAGCAGUUAAAAUGCAGGGGACAACAUGGAUUAAGAAUGAAAGACAAAACAGUUAAUGUGAAGAAUAAUAAGUUUUCAGUUUCCAUCUGAGCCAAAUGGGUAUAUUAAGAAUUAUAUACAAGAACUGAGUGCCUACAAUAACCUCCACACAUUAAUGUAGGCAUGUUGGAUACAGUUGAACGUUUGAAUGUCAAGUUAAAAAGAUUCUGUUUUAAUAUCCUGGAGUAUGUUAUAAAUGUUAGUGAAAUCAAAGCCUUUUCAUAUUGUAAUUCAUUCUUUGUAUGUCCAUAUAACAUACCACUUUCAGAGUAUUCCAAACCGACAUCUCGGUGUAAUGUGUAAUAAUUAAGGUUAUUUUGACCAGUAACCUGUCAUUUUCAUUGUUUGGACAAAAGGUGUAAGCAGGAAUGAAUACAUUUUGAAUGAGCUGACAAAGUACAGCAAUGGGAACUGAUAGGGGAAACAAAAUCACUGACAGAUGGGCGAAAAUCUGUCUGCUUUUCUUCAGAAGAACUUGUAUUUACUGACACAUGGCAGGGUGAGAUGAAUAAUGCUGGUUUGGAAAUCAGCAAAUAUGACUUUUUUUCUGGCCACAUGAGUGCAUUAUAUUUGAAACGUAUCUGGUUGUCACCUUGAUUAGGCGGUCAUUUUACUAAGUCUAUAGAUCUCAGGACUUCCAGACCAUGUCCUCUGCCAGUAGCAAUUUGAGGUUCUUCUCAUCAUGUAAAGUAGCUCCUGUGUAUUACAGUCUUGAGAAAAUGAUACUACUGUCUGAACACUGCUGCUUCACAGCAGAGUCCUGUACAAAAUGCUGCUUCGUGUAUAAUGAAAAGGUCAGAUUGGAUGUACAGAGAGGGUUGGCUGAUGUAAGGAUACGAUCUGAGCUGAUUUCCCUGUGCAAUGUAAUUUAACUUAACAAGUAACUGUUCCAUAUGUAAUAAACAUUCACAUCAUAAA